CAUAGAAUUGUAAAAAUAUAUCAGACUGAUAGUCGCCGGGCAAGCCAAGAAUCAAGUUUAAAGUCAAGGCAGUAGCCCAUGCCACCUUUUGAAGAGGGUGAAGUCCAGCCAGAGGAGCAGAUACCUCUAAAGCCGCCGCGUCGACAGAGAAAAAUGAAGUCUGCGGACCAAGAAACCGCCAAGCCGUCGGCAGAGGAUCACGAGGAGGAGCAAUUACUGCCACCGGCCACGGCGACUAGCAAUCUGCGAUAUGCCCGGGCCAAUUUGAGCCAAAGCAGCCUGAUGCUGAGCCACCAGCAGGGCUCCUUCGAGUCAUCCACCGAGCGAACGGCGAGCAGUGAGACCCUGGAUGUGCUACCCUACUCGAGGCGCUACCAGGUGCAGCAUCCCCAGCCGAACCGCUUGGGGAUUCGGCAGCAACCUUCGGCCUUGGCGAGCGCUCUGCAUGCCACUGCCAGAUUGGCGGCCAGUGUGGAUGCCUAUACGGCGGCGGCUACAGCGGCCACAGCGGCAACCGGCGACAAUCCGAACCUCAGUCACAUGCACAUCAACCAACAGCCGCAGUCCCAGGCGCCGCCCCUCCACCACUACCCCAACCAACUGCCCUCGCACCAGCUGGGAAAUCUCAGAGCGAGCAAUUUCGUGGGGUCGUCGCGGUAUCUCUAUCACAGCCAGUUCAAUUCGAAUUCGCCGCAAACGAGACGCUUCACUGCGCAGCGAGACGGCUCGCCAGCAUUCGCGGCUUCAGCAGCGGCAGCAGCUUCACUGGCGGCAGCUUCGGCAGUAGCACCACUAGCGCCACUAGCACCACUAGCCUCCAUAGCAUCGCCCUCAUUCGCGUCGCAGGCGCCGCCGCCUCCCUUUCAAUUGCGCACCUAUCAACAGAAUCAAUCCUACCGCUUUCAGCCGCGCGGACACCACCGCACCGCCAGCAGCAGCAUGUCGCAGUCCGGCGAGGAUCUCCACUCGCCCACGUACUUGUCCUGGCGAAAGCUCCAGCUGAGUCGCGCCAAGCUCAAGGCCUCCAGCAAGACCUCCGCCCUGCUCUCCGGAUUCGCCAUGGUGGCGAUGGUGGAGGUGCAACUGGAUCACGACACAAGUGUGCCGCCGGGCAUGCUGAUAGCCUUUGCCAUCUGCACCACCCUCCUGGUGGCCGUGCACAUGCUGGCCCUGAUGAUCAGCACCUGCAUCCUGCCCAACAUCGAGACGGUGUGUAAUCUGCACAGUAUUUCCCUGGUCCACGAAUCUCCGCACGAGCGCCUGCACUGGUAUAUUGAAACGGCGUGGGCCUUCUCCACGCUGCUGGGUCUAAUACUCUUCCUGCUGGAGAUAGCCAUCCUGUGCUGGGUGAAGUUCUACGACCUCAGUCCGCCGGCUGCCUGGUCGGCCUGUGUGGUUCUCAUCCCGGUGAUGAUCAUCUUCAUGGCCUUCGCCAUUCACUUCUACCGCUCGCUGGUCUCCCACAAGUACGAGGUCACCGUUUCGGGCAUUCGGGAGCUGGAGAUGCUCAAGGAGCAGAUGGAGCAGGAUCAUUUGGAGCAUCACAACAACAUACGAAAUAAUGGCAUGAACUACGGCGCCUCCGGGGACAUUGUCUAGCACCCGAUGACAUCGAUCCUCUCGAGCGGAUCGAACGAAAAAGACAUAGCGGCUCAGGGCAAGCCUCAGAUUAUUUUAGUGAAACACAUAUUGUAAAUUUGUAGUUGAUGCAAAUUGUGAUACGCGGAGAGCAGUAGAUUUCUACUAUAUAUACGUGAAC